UGCUGAGACCGACCUGGGACACUGCUGAGAAACAUCUGUCAGUCAAAGCCUGAGAUGCGUCUGUGGUGGAUUCCAGUGGAGUGGUCACAGAAAUUUAAACCCACCUCUGGUCACAAGCAAAGAGGAGGAAGUCGGGUCUAGUCCAGAUCAGUCUAACUCAGCUCUAAGACUCAGAAGACAUCUAAGACAGAGGAUUAAAUAAAAAACCUUUAAGAAGUACAACUUUCUGCCAGCUGCCACAUGGAGCCAAAGUCGUCUUCUGGUUUCAGUGGAGUUCCUGCCUGGGGGUACGGAGGGACGAUACCUGAACACAUCAGAACUCAAGCAUGCCACACCAGCGCUUUCAGAAGAAAAAGCAACGUUCACCUCAAUGACCAGCUCAUCCCAAAACCAACUGAUAUAAAUGUAUUCGAGAGAACGAUAAAGACUACUACGCUGAAAGAGCAUCCUUAUUCAUCGCACAUUUCUCGGUUUGCCAUGUUCCCCUCGUUCCUCUCCCCGGAUGACCCGGAGAGGGGAGUCAGAGCGGCUUCACAGAGUUUCAUAAACACUCUCAUUCCAAACAAGCCUCCUGACGUCACUUUGCUCAGCAAAACUAUAGGAGGUCCGUAUCGACACGAAAUCUUGGAAAACCCAGUUAAAUCCAGGAAAAUGGCUGUUUCAUGGACAGGGGAAAAUGGAUUUUUGGAUCAUUCGAAACCGGUAAAAGGGGAGACACAGAUUUUCUACCCAGCUCCUCCGAAGACAAUACUGCCCAACCCAAAACUCCGACCCUGGAAUCUGUCGUUAUCAGAGCGCACAGGCAACAUUCUGAGAAACCUGGAGAGGGAACUCUGGAUCACGUCUUACCAGAUGGACUUCACUGGAUCAGGGCCUGCAAACCCUUUAAAGACUGAUGAUUUCAAGGAGAAAAUAAGCACUCUCAAUGGGAUUAAUUCACACUCCGCACCUCUGAGAGAAUCGUCCUGUCCUGUGUUUGUUCCAUCAAAACCCAAAGCAGGACGUAGACGAAGACUGCAGACAAAACGGAGUGACAGCCCCAAUUUUGCUGGUCUCCAAAUGUCAAAUGUAAAUCAAAGCACUGCUCCAUCUUACAUAUACCAAAAACAGCCCCAAGAGCUUAUGGCUAAUUACAGCAAAGCAACAGAUUUGAGCCAAAUGGGUCACAGUCAAUCAGAGUCCGAAACUGGCUUAAUAGACGUGCAGCAUACUGAUCCAUCCCUGGAGAUCUUACAGGAAAGGGCUGUUGAUCAUGUCAGAGAAAGGGAAAACCGCAAAAUUCGAUUCGACGAAAGUCUAAUGCAAGAAUCUGAAUCAAAAAGCAGCCAAGGCGCCACCGUUCACCUCUCAAACACACAACAAUUUAACCUGAGCGGCGAUUCUUCUUUCCAACGAGAGGCAAAAGUGAAGACAGAGACAAACUCAACGGAGCUGCAAAAAGAAGAUCCACAAAUCAAAAAGCAGCCUCUCGGAGUCGGAAAUCCACUCGGGUCCAAAUUACACGAUGCAUUAUCAAAUAAAGAGGAUGAUAAGACAAAAGGGGGCGAGCUGCGAAGCUCUCGUCCUAACGUCUCUUUCCUGCCGAGGCGUUCUGUCUUUUCAGGUAGUGAGGCUGCAGGUAGGACAGGCACAACCCUCACCCUUCUAGACCUCCAAAACUCAUUCAGCAAGUCAGAGGCACAUCGAAGAUUCAGCAACUCCAUCACACAUGCUGCUGUGGACCUGAGGCACAAUGUAGUCACUGGGAAAAGACACAACUUUUAUGGGGUUAACUGCAACCAUAUUCAUGGGUGAAUAUGAACAUUGACUUUCCAGCUAAUAGCAAAUAAUGUUUUCAGAUGGACUUGAACUGGCAGCAGCUCACUCAGUCACAAUGUUUUUUGGGGGGUUUUUGUGAGUUAAAUGCUUGUUGCAAACUUUGUUUUCAGUAAUUAUACAUGGUUAUUCUGAAUAUGUAUAGUAAAAGACAGACUUUCAUUACAACAUCUGGAAAUUAGAUGUGUGAUAAAAGCAGCUGCACUAAGUGCAAUACUAGUUGUCCUCUACAACUGCCUUUAAAUACCGUGAACAUUUUAUCACCUAGCAACAAGCUUUGCAAAACUACAGCCUUUUGUAUUUGAAAAAGGGUCUUGUCUAUGACUCAAUCAUGUUGACACACAGAAAUAUUUUGAUCUAAUUUGUUUCUUCAUAAUAUAAUAUUGACUUUAUGCCCUGCUGGACGGCAAACUACAUGUCUAAUGUCACUUUUUAAUGAUACUUUGAAAAAAAAAAUUUUUUUUGUGUAGUCUAACAAGUCCGUCUAUUUUUGUAUCGCCACUUAUAAGUUUCACAUUAAGAUGCUCCCCCUGUCGUGUUUCAGUGUAGGAGUGGAGUGCAUCCAUAACUUGCAAAACAAAAUCAUCCCCACAUCAUUAUGGUUCCACCUCCGUGCUUCACUCUGGGUAUUUUGCUGCUUCUUUGCAAUUUUUUUUAAAUUCAUCUCCUCAGCAUAAUUCUGUGCCCUUUUUUGUUUCAAUUUGUCUCCAGUUCUGUCAUGUUUUUUUCAGUAUUUGGGUGAUUGGAUGAACACGCCCUGAGACAUAGCUCUAGCUUUGAAGCAUUGCUUUAUGGACUAAUCCUGCUUUUAAUUUCUUAACAGUCUGAUCUUUAUGAUGCUGUUUGGUCACGUUCUUUCCUCUUUUUUUCUUUCCUUUGGUUUGUUAUUUUGUUUGUAUUUCCU